UUAUUGACUUAUAUGAUUUUUAUUGUCUUAGGAAGCACAUGUAGAUUUACAAUCAAAAACAUUGUGUGAUAAGCUUGAUGAUUUUGUUGAAAAUGAUAAUGUUUCAAUUAGUACAUCACCUGUUGUUCUUGCUGCGGAUUUUCUUCAAACAGCAGGAAAAUCAACACUUCUUCAUCAGAGUGAACAAUUAGAUGAUGAUUUAAGAAAUGCCUUAAAAAUUUAUCGAACAGCACGACAACCAACAGUGGCUAAUAUUAAAAAAAAUCUUGUUGAUUUUUGUCAAUAUUUGCCUGUUGAUUAUAUUCAAUCAUCAUUAUUAACUAAACUCAAGAAUCGUUUAGGUGAACUUUGUAAUAAUUUUACGACAGAAAAAUGUCAAGAAUUUUUAAGUCAUAUCGAUAUAUAUUUUUUACUUGAUGAAAAAUCUCCAUCACGUGCAGAAUUAAUAAUUCGAGCAUUAUCAAUUGAUAAUCAAUUUAAUGAAUAUAUUCAAACUAUAAAUCAAGAAAUAACUAAAGUAGAAUAUUCUUUUUU